AUGGCCAAUGCCAUUGCUAGGGCUAGAGAUGAGGAUAGGAUGAUGGCAGCCCUGGGUUUGAUGGGUAACAAUGUCAAUCUCGAUAAUCUCGAAGGUCUUGGGCUUGCUGCUGACUAUGCCCCCUUGGAAUUCAAUGUCAGCGAUGUUGACUUUGCUAGCGACUUCUUCGAAGAACCUGACAACAACAAUCAAGAUGAACUGGCUCCUGAGCUAUUUGGUCCUGUCAGCUGGAUGGAGAUGGAUAUGGGUAAUGGUGAAGUUGUACCUGCAGCAGUACCAGCGGCGGUGGUGGAGGAUGAAGAAGAAGAUGAACAGGUGACUUGGUCUCGUUCAACCCGUGCUCGUCAUGCUCUUAUGCAACAGAUUGACCAACAUGGUGUAUAUCGUGCCAUCAAAUGUCGACAAUGCUCUGAAGCUGCUCGUGGUACUCGCGACUGUAUUCAGUACGGCCGGAACACCAAAUGCUAUGACUGUGUCCGUCUUGGUAUCCCAUGUUCUUUGAUCAAGGAAGAUGAUGGAGUUCAUCGAAGGAAUCCAAGGAGGGAGGUAAGGGUGGAUCUGCCGUCGCCGGAUGUAUUCUUUCUUGGUACUGCAAGGGUAGCCAAUCCUUUGUCGCCUGGUCCCUCAAACUCUACUCCAAAAGUUACUCAUCGUGCGGGACCUUCCAUUAUGCAAGUCUCAGCUCAUCUAGCUUUCCUCAUUCAGUGGGAUCAGUCGGAGAGAGUACAGGAGGAUAAGACUAGGGCAAUGCAUUCCGAAAUGAUUGCACAGGUCAAGGCAAUGGUACAUGCCGGAGGAGGAGAUCCUGAUGGAGACGAAGAGACGGUUAUGGGUUGA